UGUACGCACCUGGACCCACUCCACAGAAGCAAGCUGAACGUGUUCUCCAGAGUUCUUUUUGUUUUGGUGUUGCUGUUAGUUUGAUCGCGAAACAGGUUAUCACGGAAUUUGUGGUUUCGAUUUUGGAGGACCAAUACUCAAUAGACUAAGGAUGAUGAAUGUAAGUAUCUACGACUAUCCUCGAGAGAUUUGGUACACCAUUCCUUCGUGGGAAAUACUGACAAAGGUGAUAACGUUCCUACCGGUCAUUUCGUUUGGGAUCUUCGGCAAUGUGGCACUGCUUUGUAUCAUAUGCACUCUGCGGCAGCUGAGAACCCCAACUAACUAUUUGAUCGCGAAUUUGGCGGUUGCAGAUUUAGCCACCGUAGCAGUUUGUCCCGCUAUGUUCAUGUUGCACGAUUUCUACCAGAACUAUGUGAUGGGUGCCAUCGGUUGUCAAUUGGAAGGAUUUCUGGAAGGUUCUCUCUUAAUCACAUCUGUCCUUUGUCUGUGUGCCAUCAGCUACGAUAGACUGACGGCUAUCGUGUUUCCGAGAAAAUCAAGACUGACGAACCGAGGAGUAAUAUUUCUCAUUGCAUGCACCUGGUGCUUUGGAUUCUUGCUAGCCCUACCCCUUUCUAUUUAUCGGAGUUAUAAGGAACGGCAAUGGAAAAACUAUCUGGAGACAUUUUGUACUGAAAACACCGAAUUUCUCCCACGCUACUGGCAUGUCCUGAUUGGCGCCUUGGUUUGGUUUCCUUUGGCUGUCAUGAUUUGUUGCUACAGUAUUAUAUUCAUGAAGUUGGAUCGCUAUGAGCGCAAAGUUUUGAAUCGAGAACAUCCGAUAGCUGUUUGCUACAAAAAGAAAGUUGCUAAAUGCUUGUUUAUUGUGCUGAUCGUUUUUAUACUCUUGAGGAUACCAUUUACUACGCUUGUGUUUAUUCGAUAUAACAGGUUUAUGACCGAAAAUACCACACAGAUUGGACAAGAUUUCCUGAUACUGUGGUACGUUUCUCACUAUUUGAUUUUCCUGAAUGCUGCAGUGAAUCCCGUUAUUUAUGGAUUAACUAAUGAUAAUUUCCGGAAGGCUUACCACAAAACCAAACUUUGGAAAUGCUUCUGGACAUGUGGACAACGCAAAAAGGUCGAGCCAAGAAAAGAACCGGCCAUCGCGAUCAUCGGGAACCUGCAGCCCCGUGGCCCAUGUGGUAACGACAAAAUGAGCAGUUUUUCCGGAUGGUUUUUUGCGUCAAAAAACGAAAACCAAACCACUGAGGAGUCACGGGAAACGAAAACAUCGCAACUCAAACCGACUACCGAUGAUGGUCAGAACAAGAAUAGCAGUACCCUGAAAAAUUCUUUUUUUGCUUCCAAUGUUAAACUUUCGGAUUCAUGCUGCCCUAAAGGCGAUAAAUUGAUCUCAAAUGAUUUUAUUUGA